AUGGGUGUACACGACUUGUGGUCCAUCGUCGAACCUGUUCGCGAGUCGGUACCGCUGUACAGUUUGAGUGGAAAGACGCUGGCGGUCGACCUCAGUUUGUGGGUGUGCGAGGCCCAGCAUGUCCAAGCAAUGAUGGGCAGAGUCACGAAGCCCCAUUUGAGGAAUCUAUUUUUCCGGGUGUCAUCACUCGUGCUUAUGGGGGUGAAGCUGGUGUUCGUCAUGGAAGGAGAGGCUCCAAAACUGAAAGCGGAGACCAUGAGCCAGAGGGUUGCUAACCGAUUUGGAGGUCCCCCCAAAGUCUAUAAAUCCUCCACUAACAUCAGCAGAGGGCGCUUUAAUGCAGUGCUCCGAGAGUGUGCAGAGAUGCUGGACUACCUUGGAGUUCCGUGGGUGGUCGCAGCAGGAGAGGCUGAGGCGAUGUGUGCAUACUUAGACUCAAACCAUCUUGUGGAUGGUUGCAUCACCAACGAUGGAGAUGUGUUCUUGUACGGUGCACGGACUGUCUACAGAAACUUUAAUAUGAACUCCAAAGACCCUCAAGUGGACUGCUACAAGACCUCACGUGUCCAAACUGAGCUGCGUCUCUCCAGAGAGAAUCUUGUCGGUCUGGCAAUCCUCCUCGGAUGUGAUUACAUUCCCAAAGGAAUCCCAGGUGUCGGGAAAGAACAAGCUCUCAAGCUGAUAAAGACCAUCAAAGGACAGACUCUCCUGCAGAGGUUCAUGCGGUGGAAGGACGAGGCGGUGUGCGUGUCUCAGGGAGUCGUGAAGAAGCUUCCUCACUGCCACAUAUGUCGACAUCCAGGCUCAGCCAAAGCACAUGAACGCACUGGCUGUGUGCUUUGCAACAGCCAACGAUUCUGUCAACCUCAGGAUUUUGACUACCAAUGUCCAUGUGACUGGCAUUGCUCAGAACGGACCCGCCAGGCUCAGUCCAUCGAGGCAAAUAUUAAAAAGAAAACUUUAGCGAGCCAGCAGUUCCCAUUUACAGAGAUUAUCAAUGAGUUUUUGCUAACCAAGGAUAAACCUGUCACAAACUUUAAGAGGAGACAGCCAAACAUGCUAUUAAUGCAGAAAUUUGCUUAUGACAAAAUGGAAUGGCCAAAGCAUUACACCAGUGAAAAGGUUUUAGUUCUGAUGACCUAUACAGAGCUGAUGAACAGAAAGUAUGGCAAAAUGAUGUCGUCGCAAAUAAAGCCCAUCCGAAUAUUGAAACAACGCGUAAGGAAUUCAGUUUCUUGCUUCGAAGUCAUCUGGAGCACACCAGAUCAUUACGUAUUUCCAGAGGACCGUUCCGCCAAAGAUCAGGACGAGGUGAGGUCAGUGGAAGAGGAGAACCUCUUCCGUGUGGCCUUCCCAGAGGUGGUGGAGACUUACUUUAAGGACAAAGCAUUAGCUGAAGAGAACAAGACAAAAAAAAGGAAACCAAAGAAUAAAAAGGAGAAGCCGCUUGAUAAAUCCGAGGGUGUUUCGGACUUCCUAGCACAGAUGACCCUUCAGAGCUCUCUUCAAAAGCCGACAACCGAAACAGCACCUGAAAUCCUUCCAAACUUCCAGGAAGUGGUUUUAUCGGACACACCGAUGACCUAUAAAAAGCAUCAUCCACUCAAGGAAAAUUGUCUUGGGAGGUCUCAUUCUCAGGGAGAUUCCUCACCGUCUGUAUCUGCAGCUAUCAAAGCCCUCCACCUUAGUGACAUCGAUUGGGACGCCUCAUCGUUCACGACCACGCCGAACACAACCACAGCAAUGACAACUUGCAAUGAGGAUAUCCCCAAACAACUGAGCAACCUUGUACCAACUUUAAAACCCAAAUCACACACUCAAAAAGACAGCGAUGGUAUCAUGAUAUCAGAGAAGCUGUCUUCAAACAAAAAGAUGGCAAGUGAAGCAUAUGGUAAUACAGCAGUACGAAGUCAGACGCAGAUUGAUGAAAGGCCGCCUCACAAGUACAAAUUUGUCAGAGGAGCAGCCACAAAUGUGCUGAGGUGCCACUCUGAGCCAUGUAAGGCAGACAAAGACACAAAGGCGACCGUCAAGAAGAGUGUAUGCAUGACUGUGUGUUCAUCCAGUGAGGACAGUGAUGAGGAGAAGCAGCAGAUCAGGUCUCACAGAACCACUAAAAGCAAGCACGCACACAAACCAGUUUCUGGAUUACUAAAAACCACAACUCAAAGUGUCCAGUCCUUGAUGCCCAAACGUGUGCAGAGUACAGAAAAUGUUAUAAACCUUAAAAGCAAAAGCCAGGUAGAAGCAGACGUCGAUGAUGUGUUUCCUCCCGCCCCGCCGUCCCCCAUUGUUGUUUUAGAUAGCGACGAUUCAGUCAUUGGCGGGGAUAGUCCUUUGCCGCUUGGGGAGAGACUGAGGCUCAAGUUCCUAAAAUGA